AUGUACAAUUUUCGGACGAGAAUUCAGCGGAAAGUAUUACUGGAUGAAAGUGUUGACAUUAAUUCUGAUUGUGAACAACAAUCUAACACGGACUCAGAACAGGAUGUAUCGGACGCGAGUGAUUCUCAAAUCGAUUAUUCAGACGAAGAAGACGAGCAAAAUACAGUUGUAAAUGCACCGGCUGCAGAAUCUCGCAAACGCAAAACAAGUACAGAUCUAAAUGAAUCUUCUUCCAAAUCUCGUCGAGGUGGUCGCCCAUCGACUAAAUUAUACGGUAAAAAUAGAUUUGCCUGGGAAACGAAGUCGGCUGAACGAUGGUCAGAUCGUUUAACUGUCAAUGAAGAUCCGUAUGAAGCAAGCUUAGCAGAUGAUGCGGUAAAUCUGGAUUCUCUAGAGGAUUUUUGGGAUCUCUUGUUCAAUCAAGAAAUUAUUGAAAUAAUCGUCAAUAACACGAAUGAGAAAAUCGAGGAGGUGUGUGCUUCCCUGGUUGUUGAAGAUCGAGUCCAGACCUACCACCAUCACACUGACGCUCUUGAAAUUAGAGCUUACAUCGGUGUCUUAUACUAUGCUGGCUUAUGGAAAGCUUCCCAUGUAGAUAACAACAUGCUCUGGGAUAAAAAAAACGGAAUAUACUUCUACAGAAGUGUCUUUCCUCGAAUGAGGUUUGAGUUUCUUCAGUCUUGUCUGCGUUUCGAUACCAAAGAAAAUAGAGAUCCUGAUGACCGAUUUUCACCCAUCAGAAAUAUUUGGUCCAUUUUCAUCAGCAAUUGCACCAAGUAUUAUCAUCCCAGUAGUAAAUGUACUGUCGACGAACAAUUACUCGGAUUCAGGGGCCGGUGUGUAUUUCGGAUGUACAUCAAAUCGACACCGGACAAGUACGGACUAAAAUUGAUAACUCUCAACGACGCUUCGACUGCCUAUCUGAUUCACGCUAUACCGUAUCUAGGUAAAAACGCAACCAUUUCUAAUCCCCAGAAAUUACCUAGCGGAGAGUACUUUUUUGAAGCCGUAACGGCUCCAAUUCACGGCACCAAUCGCUCGGUGACGUGCGAUAAUUGGUUCACCACCGUGCCUCUGUUGACCAGAAUGUUAGAUGAAUCUUUUAAAAUGUUUCUGACUGGAACUAUCAGGAAGAAUAAACGAGAGAUUCCUCUGGAGAUGAAGGUAGCGUCGAAGAAUCCUCCCGAAACAAAGUUUUGUCAUACCAAAAACAUAACUUUGCUUUCCUAUACACCGAAGAAGAACAAAAUCGUCUUGGUGGCUUCGACUUAUCUCCAUACCCGAGAGAUAACGGACGGCAAGCCAAAUAUCAUUCUUCAUUACAAUGAUACAAAAGGAGGGACUGAUACUUUUGAUCAGCUAUGCCAUGCCUAUACAGUUGCUCGGAAAACGAACAGGUGGCCGAUGCGGAUUUUUUUCGGGAUGCUUGAUCAAGCAGCAGUGAAUGCACGUAUUCUGUGGAAACUCAAAGUCGGCGAUGCUCGGGAAUCUACUACUGCCAUCAUAGUGUUGAAAAAACUAAUUGCUCAUCUUACCUUCCCUAUGCUACGACGGAGAUUGGAGGAACCAUGUCUGCGGAAAGAACUGAAAAUAGUUAUCAAAGGCAUCCUUGGAAUUGAUAACGAUCCAAAGACAGACCACCUGGAAAAAGUUACAUUUGACUUGUCACGAAGGUGUGUAGUCUGUAGCCGAAAAAAAGAUAAAAAAUCGCGUAUCGGAUGUUCGGCUUGUAAUAGACCGGUUUGCGAGGAACAUCGGUUCUCUUUAUGUAUGGAGUGUGCUGGUCAGUAA